AUGCUGACAAGGCUACCAUGUUGUCAUGCAAUUUCAUGUAUGAAACAUCAACAUUUACAAGUGGAUGAUUUUGUGUCUGAUUAUUACAAAAAGGAGUGCUACGAGGCUUGCUAUACACCAGUGGUUUAUCCAGUUAAUGGAGAAUCUCUUUGGACCAAAACAGAUGUUGUUGACCUGCAACCACUCCCCAUAAAAGGCAUGUCUGAUAGACCCAAGAAGAAAAUGAACAAGGAGGCUGAUGAACAAAUGAGAAAUGAGACACACUCAAAAGGGAAAAUUUUGGUAUCAAAUGAUGUAGGUGUCAUAAUGAUGGUCACAACAAGGCCACUUGCAAGUUGCCUACAACUGCUAUGGCAACCCCAAGCCAACCACUACCAGCUGCUACCUCAAGCCAACCACCAUCCAGUUUCUACCUCAAGCUAA